CUAUCAAUUGAUCCAAGACAAACAAACGACUCCAUUUAUAGAAACACCGCAAACAGAGUCCUCUGCCAUUUUUAGAAACACAAUGGAAACAGAUUCCUCAGCCAUUUCUGCUAUUGAUGAAGCUUACAAGUUCCUACAAGCUGUUCCGAAUCCUGAUGGUUCACUCACCCGAUCUCAAUUUUUCCCCAGCGUUUCUCCCACACCCCAACUCAUAGCUGGCUCACCAUCUGGAAACCAACUAGCUCUCUCCAAAGACGUUCCACUUAACAUGAAAAACCAAACAUUUCUUCGCCUCUUUCGCCCUACUAAUCACACUGAUAGGCUUCCCAUUAUCAUUGAUUUUCACGGGGGUGGUUUCGUGAUUUGUAGCGCUGCAUCAGCUCCCUUUCAUAAAAUCCUGAACCGUGCUUCUGCUUUUGCCCCUGCUUUAGUCAUAAGCGUUGAUUAUCGUCUAGCACCAGAGCAUCAUCUUCCAGCUGCGUAUGAUGAUGCCAUGGAGGCCAUCAUGUGGGUACGUGAUCAAGCCAGAGGAGUCGACACUUGUGCCAUGAAGGAGUUGGCUGAUUAUUCCAACGUUUAUAUUAUGGGUACCAGUGCGGGUGGUAAUAUUGCUUACCACGCAAGUUUACGUGCUCUGGACGCGGAUAUCAGUCCGGUCGAGAUCAAAGGGCUGAUACUGAAUCAGCCCUUUUUCGGAGGGGUUCAAAGAACCCAGUCUGAAGACAGGUUAAGCACUAAUCUAGCUUUACCACUGAAUGUCAGUGAUCUGAUGUGGCAGCUGGCAUUACCGCUUGGAUCUGAUCGUGACCACGAGUAUUGUAAUCCGUUAAUCAGUUGUAGCCCGAAGAUCGAACAGUUAACAAGGUGUUUGAUGAGAGGGUUUGAAGGGGAUCCACUGGUGGACAGAAUAAAGGGGCUGGUGAAGAUGUUAGAGGUCAGUGGGGUGCAUGUGGUGGCCAAGAUCCAAGCCGGUGGUUUUCAUGGUGCAGAGUUAAGUGGUGAUCAAAGUAAGGUUCAAGAAUUGUGUUUACAGAUCAAGGAUUUCAUUUACUCUUCUUGAUCAAUACAAGUUUUCUAAUGUCAUGUUGUUGUUAAUAUGUUUGCAGUAAGUGACUACUGGUUGUCAACUUGAGUUCUUUAAAAGAUUGAUUCUGUUUAUA